AUUGUGGCUUUUGGUUUUUAUUUAAAAAGCAGAAAAAGAUGCAGAGCUCAACAGUGGCGACAGAGAAGGUUCAGCUGCCGCCUGCGUCGUGUGUCAGGGGGAAGCAAAACUCCCCCGGAUCCCGUGGCUACUGGGUAUUUGGCAAUUCAGUACCCAACUGAGUCACUGGUUGUGAAGGCAGCAAAUUUCAUUUCCUUCCCUUUAUUUGAGAGCUGCGGGAGCACGAGACAGAAGCGAGCAGAGGCUCCCAGGGCGAGAGGCGGGAAAGGUGCAGCGGAUCGAGCCCUGUUCGGAGAGAUGGGACCGGCAGCGAUGUCUUCAAUUUGGCUCAUCGGAUGCUUCUUGCUGGCAGCUUGCAGCUCUGCUCAAUAUACGGAGACGUCCCAAGCGGCCAUGAAAGAGACGGGAUUUGUGGAGUCUCCGCUGUGCUCUGGCGCCGAUGGCUCCGACCCAGGCUGCCCGCGCCGCAAGAAGUCGGUUACGCUGCUGCCCUCGUUCACCAAGACCACGGCGCACCCCACGAAACACACCACGGCGCACCACACAAAACACAGCACGGCGCACCCCACGAAACACACCACAGCGCACCACACAAAACACACCACGCCACGCACACCACGGCGCACCACACAAAACACACACCACGCCACGGCCCACAAACACACCACGGCCCACCACACAAAACACACCACGGCGCACCCCACAACACACACCACACCGCACUCCAAGAAGCACACCACUCUCCACCCCACGACACACCCCAGGAACCGCACCACCCCACACCCCGCCCCCACCCAUCAGCCCACACAACCACCCGUCGUCCGCGUUGGAGAUUAUGCGGUCCCAAAGGGCUCGAACCCGUGUUUGCGGGUUCAAGCGGCGCUGCAGCUCCGAGUCCGCUAUACCGACAAGGCUAAGCAGGAGGUCUGGGGGGACUUUGCAGUGAACCCCAACCGCACAGAGUUUUCCGGGAACUGUACCAACCAAACAGCUGUCCUCCACCUGCACUUCCUAGAGGGCGACCUUCUCUUUACUUUCAGAAAGAAUUACACCAGAAAUAUAUUCUACCUGAGUCGGGUGCAGGCCUACCUAACGUACCAGUUCCAUCAGGCUGCAGCGAAAUCCUUCAGAGCCGACAAUUCCUCUCUCCGCGAGUUCGAGGCCAGACUUGGGCACUCUUACCAGUGCCGGAACCGCACCUUGUUCCUGGCAGAAGGCUUUCAUCUCAACGCCCUGCAAGAGCAGGUCCAGGCCUUUGAGCUUCAAGGUGGAAAAUUUGGGGAAGCCGAGGUCUGCCCGGAGCAGAGACGCACCCUCUUGGUGCCCAUCAUUAUCGGCGUCCUCCUUCUGGUCCUCAUCCUCAUCGUGGUCGUGGCCUUUUUGAUUGGGCGAGCGCGUGGCCACAGGGGCUAUCAAACCAUUUAAAGGGGAAGCCGUUUCCCACAGCUGGGCCUAAAGAGAACCAAGAAUGGGGCUUUGGUUUUUUUUUUAAAAGGGGGGUGUCUUUCUGCAACAGGGGGGCAGGGGGUUGACACCCCCCCCCUCAGGGGUGGGGUGGGAGUUCUCCGAGUCGCUAGACUCGCACCUGUUUCAUUCACUCGCUUGGACUGCUGGUUCGCACAAGACACACCUGGAGGAAGUGAAAAGGACGAUACGUUUCUGCACAAAGGUGCAAUUUGUGGGCUGAGGGGCAGUUACAUCUCACUUCUGUCAGACUGCACUUUAAAUCUGGGAGGAGAAUCACAGAAUUGUUCUGCUGGGAUUCCCAAGGGUCAUCUAGUCCAACCCGCUCCCGGAAUGCAGCUAUGAAACCCCUUGACAGGCGGCCGUCCAACCUCUGAUUAAAAACCUCCAAUCUCAA